UUGUCUCUGUUAUUUUUCACAAAGAAAAUGGCGUCAAGCUUCUGGCUUCCAAUUUAAUUAUUUAAGUUUUACUUUACUGUGUUCCAUAAUUUCCACAGUUUUCUUAAGUUAUUUAUAAGUGAUAAUGUUUUAAGACUUCAAAAUGGAUUUUGAUAAUAUUGUUGUGAAGGAAAGCCCGGGGCUAUGCCGGUGCUGUCUUUCCGAAGGAUGCUACAAAGACCUGAGUACUGAAUAUACAUGGAUGGACGAUACAGAAAUAUAUGCCGACAUGUUACUAGAUUGCUUCGAUAUAAGCAUCUCUCAACAUAAUGAUGGGCCCAAUGGCCCAAACCGACUGAUAUGCGAGGUUUGCGUGACACGGCUGAGAGAUGCUUGCAACUUCAAGAAGCAGGUACUGGCUUCAGAAAAGAAGUUUGUGGACAUGAUUGGCAGGGGUGGAUUUAAGCCUAAAGUUACAUACAAUGUUCCUAUCAAAUCUGAGACAAUUCUAGAAGUGCAGCCUCUGGAAACUGAGGUGGAAUAUCUGGACGAGGGUAUGGACUUUGGUGAUGAUGUACUAAAGGAUGAUGUAACUGCACAAACAAGUACAGAAAAUUUUACAAUAACAACAUUACCUAUUAAAGGCAAAAAGGGAAAAGCCAAAAAGACUGUCACUAAAACUGAGAAGAAGGCUUGUUCAAAAGUAGUACUUGUGGAGAAGCCGAAAGUUUCAAAACCAGUUACUAAAGAUGAAAUACCGCAUGCCUACGAAAACUGUGUCUCUGAGAGGCGACGGCGGAAUUUACAAAUCUUAUUCAACAAUACGACCGUUUUACCAUUCAAAUGGCGGGGGAAAUGUCUAUGCUUUUAUUGCGGGAAAAGUUACGCGGAUUAUAAAGAUUUUAGAAAACAUACCCGAUCGCACGGUCCGUGUACAACUAAAGAUUAUUCUUUGAAACUAAUUAAAGGAAGUCAUGUAGAAAUAAAAAUUGACGUCUCGGAUGUAACGUGUGAAAUAUGCAAUGAUACGUUUAAAAAUUACAAAGAAAUAGUCGCCCAUUUAAUAGAAAAACACAGUUUAGAUUACGAUAAAUCAAUCGAUACUCAACUUCAGGAAUACAGGCUGUUAGAUUUUCAAUGUCUUUAUUGCGAUUUACAGUUUAAAUACUUUGGUUUUCUAAUCAACCAUGUCAAUAGUAUACAUCCGCGUAAUAAUUAUAUAUGCGAUGAUUGUGGAGCCACCUUUAAUAAAAAGAGAGAUUUGGCACUACAUUUUCGGAAUAACCACCGACAAGGAGGUUACCCUUGCAUCGAAUGCUCACAGAAUUUCAUAUCCCACAGUUUACUACGUAAACAUCAAAAUGAUUUCCACUUUAGGAAAUGUAAACGAUGCGGUACACACUUCGCCACAUACAGUAUGUUGUUAAAACAUGUACAAACCGAACACCCGGAUGACGGGACAGCAAAAUGUCCCUACUGUUCCAAACAAUUACACUCUCCACAAGGCUUAAAACAACAUAUACAUAAAUGUAAAGUCAACUUUAUAAAAAUAGAUCAACCUGUAGAUGACAAUUUUACGGAAAUGUUACAACCAAAAAAGAAACAAAACCUAAAACAAAUAAGGCAGAAUAUCCAAUGCGUUUUAAACAUGUCUACGGCGUUACCGUUUAAAUUUUUCGCCAAAUAUUGUUGCUUUUAUUGUUCGAACAAGUUUGUCGAAUUCGCCGAACUUAAAGAACAUACGCUUUUGGAACAUCCUGUAUGCGAUUUGGAAUCUAAAAGUAUGAAGAAAUGUAAGGGUGAGAGAAUAACUGUCAAGAUAGAUGUUGCGAAUUUAAGUUGUAAAAUUUGCGGCGAACAAAUCGAUAAUCUUGAUAUUUUAAUUGAUCAUUUAAUUAUCAAACACGAUGUAGACUAUGAUAAAUCAAUUACAGGGUGUUUGGAACCGUAUAAAAUCAUAAAAGAUAAUAUGCCAUGCCCUAUAUGUCCUAAUCUUGUCUUCAGAUAUUUCGGAAUACUUUUAAGGCAUAUAAAUUCUGAACACAGUAAUAAUAAUAGAAUAUGUGACUUUUGUGGUCGUAGUUUUAAAAGUGUUACUAAUUUAAAAGUACAUAUAACUUACGCACACACGGGAACUUGCGAAUGUAAUAUUUGCGGAACGAAAUUUAGAAACCAAUGGUGUUUAAAUCGACAUAAAGCGAAAAAUCAUAACGCGAAAGAUUACAAAUGCCCUAAAUGUCCUGAAUUAUUUCAAUCACAGUAUCAUAAACAGAAACAUUUGAUACAAAACCAUGAUAUUGGUCAUAAAUGCAGUUAUUGUGGUAAAAUGUUUACAAGAAAUUCUUUCAUGAACGACCAUAUACGUAGGACGCAUUUAAAAGAGAAAAAUGUCGUAUGUUCCGUUUGUAAUGAAAGGUUUUUUGAUAAUUACCUAUUACGGAUGCAUAUGGUGAAACAUGAAGGUGAGAGGAAGUUUAGUUGUGAAGUUUGUGGUAAAGCGUUUUUACGUAGAAGUAAUUUGAGCUCGCAUAAAGAAAUGCAUAAGAAAUACGGUCAUUUACAGACUUAAAUUUUAUCGCGUUUGAAAAAUGUGGUUGGAUUUUUUUAUUGCUCGUUCUUCUCAUGUCAUCAUCAUUACUAGCGCACUAUAAGUCCCGAGCGAGGGGCUCGGAGCCUGCACUAGUUAGGAUGAAGUGCGGGUUGGUUGACUUCACACAUAUCUUUGAAUUUCUUCCCAGAUAUGUUCAGGUUUCCUUUCGAUGUUUUCCUUCACCGUAAGAACAUUAGGUAUAUUAUGUACAUUUGAAAAUUCGAAAAAUCAAAAAUCUCAUUGGUACGGCGGGAUACGAACCCAAAAACUGUAAAUUACAAGUCAAGUGCUUAAACGACUGAGCUACCGACGCUCUUUUUUCAUGUAAUUUAUUAAGGGCCGAUUCCACCAAAUUGUAAAUGUCUGAUAACAAUCCAACCUGUAAAAUAUGUGAU